UCCGGGUUUGAGUUCACGCGUCACACUUUCAUGUGAAGCAGUUGGGAAUCUGCUGGAUAUCAAUUUUGAUUUUGCCCAGACAUUCUUACAAAAACAGUGUGGCUGAUCCCUAACAUUGUUAGCGUCUCUGAUAAUGGAUGCCGCCUCAGCAAAAAAAACUCCUCAUCCAUUCUGGCCUCGGGACCUGGUGAUUCCCUCUUAUGUGGCUAAUGAUCGGUCCAUGUCAGAGAUUCUGGUGUUCCUCUUCUCUGUCUCUGGGGGUUUUCUACUUGUAACCUGGCUGAUCACUGGGGUCGCUGGCAGGCUGGGAACAUGGAGGCGUCUGGCCCUCAGCUGGUUUGCCGUUUGUGGAUUCAUCCAUAGCGUCAUCGAGGGAUGGUUUUGUCUUUAUUAUGACAUUUUACCAGGGGAUCAGAGCUUCCUGUCACAACUGUGGAAGGAGUACUCCAAAGGGGACAGUAGAUAUGUUAUAGCUGAUAACUUCACAGUUUGUAUGGAGACCGUGACCGCUGUCUUAUGGGGUCCGUUCAGUUUUUGGACCGUUUAUUCCUUUUUAACUACCAAGUCCUACAGAUUUGUUCUGCAGCUGAUCAUUUCACUCGGUCAGAUAUACGGAGCAGUGCUGUACUUCUUCACAGAGCACAGAGAUGGUUAUGUUCACAGCGAGUUCGGACAUCCAAUCUACUUCUGGUUCUACUUUAUCUUCAUGAAUUUUCUGUGGAUUGUCAUCCCUCUGGUGCUCAUUGUGGAUGCGUGGAGACAGCUAUCAGCAGCCCAGUCACUUUCAGACAGUUCAAAGACACAGAAGGUUAAAAGGAAGUAAUCUUUAAAGGGUCGUCAAAAUGGGACAUGCAGAAAAUACAUUUUAAAAGUUUAACAAAUGCAAACUGUCUGUAGUCCUUUGGUUCAUCUUGCAAUAUUGAUCUGAUCGUCCAAAAAGUGCCAGCAAACUAAGAGUUUUGUUCUGGCGUUUUUCUUACUAUGAUCAUUAAAAUAAAUGUUUUAUCCCAUUUGUUCAUAGUUUUUAGUUUGUGAAUAAACUGGAUGACAUCUUAAGCUUCACAUCAGGGAUGUUUUCAAAUUUCUUAGUUGAUUAAUUAAAAAAUCAAGCAUGUGCAAAAAUAAAUACAUGAAAUUUGCAGUCUCUUUACAAACCUUACUGUUUCAGUGUUCUCAAGUCUUCUUGACUGAUGUUUCUAUGAUCUAAUGAAGUUCAAUAUUUUGAAUAUCAACUUCCGGGACAAAAGUCUCACUGAUGUUUACCCAUUCUUGCUCAGUGCUUGAAAUUUGCAACAUUGUUUUUUUUUUUCUGCAGAAUGACAGUGGAGUUCUUGAAGCUUUUUUCUUUUUAGGAGAGAAAUGAUUUCUUCUUGACAACAGGCCAGCACCCCAAGGUCUGUCUCUGACAGUGCUGUUUACACUGUGCCCUUUAGGCACCCAGUCCCUUGGCUGAAUUCCUGGACACUUCCUGGAAUUUCUUUGGUACGCCGUGGUGAAACAUUUGUCUUUUAAAUAGAAAGUUGUGGUAGCAUGCAAAUGCUAUUUGUGGUGAGGUGUGAACUCUGUUUAAGAGCUUAUCUGGUGGAGUCAGUGUGUGAGACAACAUUUUGAUAUGACACCAUCAUUCGCUGAAUUGAGCAUAGCAUCACACUUAGAUGAUUUGUCACCUUACAUUUCUUAGAUUAAUGGGAAGCGUCUCAUAAGUUAGCAAUUAUCUUAAUUGACAAUAUUAAUACAUCCAUCACUAUCUGACUAAUAAUAACUGUGGUUAUAUUUAGUCUUUUGUUAAUCAGCUGAUAUGGAAGCUUGUGUUGAUUAAGUGAGUAUGAUCUGCUAUGAUAUAUGAUGGCACGGCUCUGCUGCUUGUGGAAUAUUCUGUGCGCACGAACAUCCCCGUCCGUACCAGGCUCGGUCUGUACCUGCAGCUGCAAAAUCUCGGAAUAACAACUCCUUAUUAGGAAGUAGGACUGAUAAAUUGAAAUAAAAAUCAUUUUAGUUGCUUGAGCACACCGUGCUGGAAUAUUCCAGAAGCAGUUUAUUGUGCAGCUUAGGUGUGUCUUAAAUCUGUAUAACUGUGGGUAAUCAGAAUGUAUACCAGAUCUGACUGAAUCGCCUUGCGGCAUCUUUGUAUGCAUUUUUGUUGUCAGAUCUCCAAAGGUGCCAUUGCAUUUUAUUAAAGUUUGGUUGAUUUCG